AUGAAUCCUGGGAAAAGAAGCUUCUACAGCGGAAUCGGAACAAGCUUAGUUGAGAAAAUCUUGUCAGGGCUGUCGGACUUCGGGACCAGAAGCCUGAACCUUAGCGUGAUGGUGAACGACCCGGAACUCAAAGAAGCCUACACGGCUGCACAGACCAACGGUCAGCUCCCAUCCAAUCGAGCUCGGGUCCUGAUCCUCGGGGAGCCUCGUGCAGGUAAAACCAGUCUGCUGAACCGUCUCCUUGGCAAGGAGUUUGACCGCCUCGAGCAACCCACGCACGGCAUAGAGACGAGGAUGUGUCACGUGAUUAAUGUGGAUAAAAAGUGGAACCAGUCGGAUGCCGCCAAGGCAGACGACAUCCAGGAAUGUGCUUCGGCGCUUUUUCUCGCAAUCGCCGUUGUCUACACUCUUAAGAUGUUCCACUACGGCUAUUUUCAGUUCGUCUUGUGCGCUAUAAUCGCAAUGGCCACGAUUCUAGACUACAACAAUGCCUACCGUUUUGCAACUUCUAUGUCUUUCGUUGCUGUCCUCUUCGAAGCCUUGAUCCGCAUUGACAAGCCACUUGAGGACCUAGCCUCCUAUGACCUCAUGUGUCCGGUCAAUCGAAGAGCAAACCCAGGCUGCUCCGAGAGGUCAUUUCUUGUACCUGCUGUAUUGCCUCCUUACCAAGGUGAACCAGAGAAGUUCUGGGAGCCAGUUAGCGGUGAGGAGGUCUUUUACUUCGACUUUGGCUUCUUCGAUCCCAGCACCAUUUACUACCGUCUGUUGGCCCGCUGCUUGACCCUUGCGUGUCAUUCAGACAGGGUGAAUGCCAACGACUCCAGCCCGUUGAUCUUUGCAGACAGAUGUCGCUUUCAUGUUGGCACUAGUUUCAUCUUCAAGGUGCAGCUUGAGAGACGAUCCUCUCAGCAGAUGCUUUUAUCGGUGACUGUCCUUGCAUUUGAGCCCGAGAAACCAAGCACGAAGCUGCUCCGGUGUUUGCUGGAAACCGUAAGGAGCAUCAUCACGAGGGACUAUCCGCAUCUCCACUUCAUCUUUGGUCCCCGCUGUCCCUUCUGUGGCCGGGCAGCCAAAUCUUGUUCUUCAAAAAUGGACGGGGAAGGGAACACUCAUGGAAGCCGAGAUAUCAACACACUGGACCACGAUUUUCACGUCCUGAAAAUGGCCGGUAAUGACCAGGCCUUUCCCACGAGGUCACCAGUUAUAAUGAUCUGUGGGCAGAAGAGAUACGAGAUGCCGCUGUCUGGCUUAGAAAACAAAACCUUUGGUAUUGAGAAAAGUUAUCCGCCCUGCCGUGUAGCGUUCGACUUGAACACGCCCAUCACAAAGUUACCACCUGAUCUGUUCCAAAAGGUCUGCCAGCUCCUCAACAACUCGUCGGGAAACAGGAGCUGGAAAACUCUAGCAGGCGAGUUGGGCAAAGACGUGGAGUCUGUGGCCGCGUUGGACAGCGAUCGAGUCGCCAACCCAACCGAGCAACUGCUGCGAGAGUGGGCGAUGCUGGACGGCAAGGUGACCGUUAGGGACUUGCUGAAGGUGCUCGCUAGACCUUCCCUCCGGCGGAUGGAUAUCAUACAUACGCUGCGUGCUCAAAUGUCACCGGCGGAAUCACCCAAACCGUGAUUGCAGUUGAUGUUUCUUACUACAUUAAUCAGAUUUGAGAGCGUUUGAUUGUAUACAAAAAAGGCGUUGUUGUUGUUGUUUUAAUGGCGCGUUCAGCAUCUCAGGCUAUUUGCACCAAUAACUGUACGUUCAUUCAUACACUUUAUUAAUCAGCAUCACAUUGCGGAGUUAGGAAGAAGGUCCAGUUCUAGGGGCAGGAGGAAACCGCAGUACCCGAAGAAAACCUGCGAGAGUGAGUAUGGACUGGAUACCAUAUGCACUUAAAGCCUGGGUCAAGCCGGGACUCUAACCCGGGCCUCACUGGUGCAAGGCGAGGAAAGAACCGCUACGCUAACCUGCUCCCCUAGAAAAGGCGUUAUCGUCUUACUACGCCCAAGAUGGCAUCCUUCAUCUGUAUGAGUACAGUAAUCGUGACAGUAGGCCUAGGGCUCCUGCAUGAAUUCAAGCCAACAGGGAAAUGAUGGCUGUACUCUGUAAACAAAUGUUUGUUGAGCAGUCAAAUUUAGAUGUGGAAUUAUUUUCACACGAAGGGCUUUAAAAAUACCAUAAAUAUAGGGCGAAUUCCUAAAUUGCUGACACGUUGUGCUCACAGCUUUAGAGGAUUGGGACAUCACAUGACACAGAUCCAGAACUGUUGACAAAGAGAGUUUGAGACACGAUAGCGGACAAAAUGGUGGAUUAAUGCAUCAGAGCACCCGGUCAGUUUGUACAUAAUAGCUGCAUGCUGUACUACACACAUAACGAACAGCCAACUGUGGUGUGAUCUGUAAAAACCCUUCACAUAGUGAUCGCAGUACGUGUUUGUUUCCCAACGGUGACGAGGUGAUCAGCCGUUGGUUCCUGGACACCUAAACUCGCCUGAUGGACGGUGCGAACCAGCGUUAGGAUCACUGAUCGAGAUCCUGAUCCGUGUGAAUCAAACAGGCCCUUUGUCAUUUGGGUACAUAUAUUUAAAACUUCAAGUAAAAUUUGCCCGGUGAGGAUAAACGUCCAAGUGAGGUUCUCCAUUUUAGUUUAUCUACGUGAGGAUACUCAUCCAAGUACUUGAGGAUGUGCAGUUUCAUGUUGCUCUGCUCGUAAUCGCACGGAGUAGUGAGCUAGCAGCAUGGGCCACUGGUAGAAAAAAUAUGGGCUGAUUGAUUGGAAUUUGUAGAGUGUCGCUCUUGUAUACGGACUAGUCUAUAAUGAUGCAAGCUAGCACUGAAUACAAUGAGCAAAAUCAUUCAUGACCCUCCCCGUAAAGUUUGAAACAUAGUUAAUGAACCGAUUGAAAGUGUUUUUGAUAUAAAUCGGCCGUAGUAAUGUAGUAAUGUAUUUUCUCAUUCCUAAUAAUGAAAAUGCUCACCACUGGGGAAAAAAGGAUAGGACUGUCGUACAAACUGUGAGCUUGAUGGCUCUGGAAAUAGGAUUUACAGCAUUUGCAAAAUGAACGAGGGCGCCCUGCGUAUAAGAAAUAAGGAGGGGCUCAAAAUGGAGUGGAACUUGAACAUGCGAGCAGGUUAUACAGGCGAUUCACAAUAGUGCGCCUCAAAGAGUUUGCAACGAGUUGGCCAAUCACAACGCCCAA